AUGGUAGCUGAGUUGAUUAAUGGGACGGAGAUUUCCAAACAGUUGCUUAGUGAAGUAGCGGAAAAACUGAAAAAUAAAAAAGCAAAUAAUCCCUCUUUUCGUGCUGUACUUGCUAUUGUUCAGGUUGGUGAUCGUUCGGACUCAAAUGUUUAUAUAGGAGCAAAGAUUAGAAAAGCAGCCGAAAUCGGGGCCGAAGGAAAACUCGUGAAACUUCCGGACACAAUCACACAGGAUGAACUUGAAGAAGAAAUCAAAAAAUUGAACGAAGAUGAUGACGUUGAUGGGAUUAUUGUGCAGUUACCGCUCGAUUGUAAGAAUGACAUCGACGCGGAUGGAGUGAUCGACAAAAUACAUCCAUUGAAGGAUGUUGAUGGUUUGACAAGGGAAAACGCUGGUCGGCUGAUGCGAGGUGAACUGAAGCGAGCGAUAAUUCCGUGCACUCCAAACGGAUGUCUAUAUCUUGUUCAAAAAACUACAGGUGAUCCAAAUUAUAUGUGCGGUAAAAAUGUUGUCGUAUUGGGCCGUUCGAAAAUUGUCGGCUCACCUGCAGCGGCUCUAUUCAUGUGGCAUCAUGGAACAACUACGAUUUGCCAUUCAAGAACGAAAGACAUCAAGGAUCACUGCCUUAGAGCUGACAUUUUGAUUGUGGCGAUCGGAAAGAAACAUUUCGUAAAAGGUGAUUGGAUCAAGCCUGGCGCUGUUGUAAUCGAUUGUGGAAUCAAUGUCGAAGAGGCUACGGAGCCUGGAAAGAAAAAUAAACUCUACGGCGAUGUUGAUUUUGAAGCCGCGAAAGAGGUAGCCGGCUACAUCACACCUGUUCCUGGAGGUGUUGGUCCGAUGACGGUAGCAAUGCUUCUUAAAAAUACCUAUGAACAAGCGUUACGUAGAAGAUUACAUGAGAAUAACGGUGUAGCAUAG